AUGCGACGAGGUGUUCGGGUAUAUAAGAAAAUAACUAUGUCUCAACCUGCAAGUAACAAAAAAGCUUCCGAUGAGACGGUUGAGGAUAAUCGUCGGGGUCCAUUCGUUGUGGAGCCAAAAUAUGACUGUCCUCAUCUGGGUGAUCGUGCUUAUAUUCUUCUUCAAGAUGAUCAAACUAGUGAAAAUCACCAACCACCAUGCAAAGAUUGUCAAAAUACUGAAGAAAAUUGGGCAUGCCUCCAUGAAGAUUGUCACUUUGUGGGCUGCUCUCGCUAUCAACAAAAACACAUGUUGAAACAUCACGAAACAACCAGACACAAUAUUUGUCUCAGUUUCUCAGACAAUUCCGUCUUUUGUUAUGCGUGUGAUAGCUAUAUCGACAGUCCACAACUACAAGGUCUUAAUUUACAACUAUCACGUCGUUUUCGUUAA